GCUGCACCAAGGCAGUAGCCAACAUGCGCCCUGAAACCAUCCUGCCGCUUCGGGUGCGCCUCAUCCGCGCGUCCGACACCCUGCACCGGUACGCCGUCCGGCUCAUCGGGACGUUUGUCGUCUUCUUGCUCACAGCGGACGCAGUCGUCAACAACUGGUCGCUCAACAACUACCUCGGCGGCGGCUACUUCUUCUUGACGCCGGUCGGCGGUAUUGGUGCCGCGUAUGAGCUCGAUACUGAGUACAGCUUUGGCCACGGCCGCGCGAUUGCCAACCUCUCGGACAUCGGGUACUGGAUGACAAACGUGACGGUGAACCACCUUGUGACCAAGAGUAAGCACAUGUACACGUUUACAGCCGGCGAGUAUGCGCUCACGCCGGCCACGGAUCUCUGUCCGAUCUUCACGGGCACGUACAGCGCGUCGUCGGCGUCAUCGAUUCGCUUGGCGCUCGCGGACGACGCCAUCUCGUUCUACCGCGGGCACGCGCUCGACCAUAUCUUUACAAACGACCAAACCGCCAACUUGGCGACGCCCGGUAUGUCGAGCACUGAGCUAUUGAAGCUCGGGUACAUUCCCGGGCGCACGAGCGUUGAUAAACGCUUCACCAAGCCAUUCCAAAUCGCCAACACGUCGCAACUGCAGCAUGUUGUCGUGCCGUAUUUUCGCAUGUACUCGCACAACUUUUGCACGGGGUGCACGCCGAUUGCCGAGCUCGGGUUCAGCAAAUGCAACAUGACGCUAUCGUAUAGUGACGCGACGGCGACACUCCGCGUUAUCUCGAGCGACUUUGUGCCUGGCUCGACAUACAAACUGGGCGUGACCAUGGUCAACUCGGCCGUCGGCACGCUGUCGCUUGUCGGCAAGCUCUUGGCGAUCGCGCUUGGCAUCGGCGGCUUCCUCGCGAGCCGGCGCACCGUGCAGUGGUUUGAGGUCGACCCGUCGAAACCCGACUCGAUCGUCGCCAAGGUCCUGCGGACCGUCAUCCCAAAGUAUUUUCCAUUUGCGAGCAAUGCGCUCAGCUACGACAUGUUUUGCUACAACUCGGACAUCUUUGUGUUCGUCUACACGUUCUCGGUGCUCCUCGAUCUGCAAAAUUGCCUCUUGUACGUCGGUAGCGUCAACGUGUACAAUGCGCCGGCGCCCCAAGUCCUCGUGUCGCUCAUGAUGUUUUCGCUUUCGUGCCGACUGCUCUGGGUCAACUGCGCGAUUCUCAAAUUCUGCAAGAUCUUUUGGAACCUCGUCGUGCACUCGAACUACAAUGGGCAGAGCAACGUCAUGACGUUCUUCAAUUUCUCGACGGUCACGUACCUCUACCUCAGCGCGAUCAUGCUCUUCUUCAUCCCCGCGUUCGUCGAGUACGACAACUCGGUGCACGCGGAUCUGCCCAAGUCGGUGGAGUCGCUCGACGGCCUCCGUGUCGAAGUGUUUGACGGCAGCUACAUGCGCGUGGCGUCGUCCAUCAUCUACCUCCUGCUCGCAAAUGUGUUUUGCGUCACAGUCAUCGACCACGUCAUCAACUACAAGUACUGGCGCACGCUGCGCAAGAACUCGCUUACGCGCCAAACAGUCUACAACAGCAGCUCGAUCCUCUGCGACUACCUCCCGCGCCUCGAAAGCCACGAAGACGGCGUGACGACGACGACGAGCAUUCGCGCGCGCCGGCUGAGCACGCUCCAGUGGUUCUUCAUGAGUCAUUUGACGUGCUUUGGCUUGCCGGCCAAAGACCUCCUCGUGAAGAAGAAGAAGACGCUGCUCGUCCAAGUCAAGGUCGCGCGGGCCUUUCGCAACCCCACGGCGCAGUCGGCCGUGUCGGCGCGCGAGCCAGCCGACGCGAUCGAAGAGGAGGAGGCAGAAGAGUUCUUCACGAUCGUUCAGGACGGCGACCGUGUGAUUCACUUGCUUGACGGCAACUUUGCCGACGUGGGCAGCACAUCCUUCAAUGCCAAAGUGCUCAAGGACGCACACAUUACGAUUCGAUAGAUAAAAUUGUAUAUAUUUCAUGUAAAAAUACACUCAAACUGUCAAGGGA